AUGCAACUAGCCUGGCUUGUCGAGUUAAAUCGGUACCGAUAUAGAAUUCCUCGGGAUUUUGGUAUCUUCUGGGAUCGCAAAAAACACUUGGCACCGGAGAACAUGAUUUAUCCAAAGCCUCAAGCUUCAAGAGGGUACCAAAACAAGAAGGCGACAGCACAAUCCCUCAUUCAUCAGCAUGUGACGCCGGCUUAUCCCGUUUCUGAUACGAACUAUUUACUGUAA